AUGAUGCGUCAAGGGACUGUGAGAACGCCGCUGACAAGAAUAAUUGAUCCUCAUAAAAAAGUGCACUACACAACUUGUGGAUGGAUUAUAACGAUUCUCAGCUAUAUAUUGGUUGCGGUAACUCUACCGCUAUCCGCAUUUUUCUGCUUAAAGGUUGUUCAAGAGUAUGAGCGAGCAGUGAUAUUCCGAUUGGGACGACUGAAGCAUGGUGGCGCUCGAGGUCCUGGCAUAUUCUUCAUUAUUCCUUGCAUCGAUUCUUUCAAGAAAAUUGAUUUGCGAGUAGUGUCCUUUGAUGUACCACCGCAAGAAAUUCUUUCAAAAGACUCUGUUACUGUUUCGGUUGAUGCUGUCGUCUAUUUCCGUAUCUCCAAUGCGACCGUCUCAGUUAUCAAUGUUGAAGAUGCAUCAAGGUCAACAAAAUUACUCGCGCAGACGACACUGCGGAACUUCUUAGGAACAAGGACAUUAGCGGAAAUGCUAUCAUCUCGCGAUGCCAUUUCGAUGCAAAUGCAGAAUGCGUUGGAUGAGGCCACCGAUCCUUGGGGUGUGAAGGUGGAACGUGUUGAAAUCAAAGAUGUUCGACUACCCGUGCAGCUACAAAGAGCAAUGGCGGCCGAAGCCGAAGCAGCGCGAGCAGCGGGAGCCAAAAUAAUUGCCGCCGAGGGAGAGCAGAAAGCGUCACGAGCGUUAGCAGAUGCGGCAGAUGUGAUCGCUACAUCACCCUGCGCCAUUCAACUGAGAUACCUUCAAACUUUAAACAGUAUAAGCGCCGAGAAAAAUAACACGAUAAUCUUCCCAUUCCCAACAGAGCUUAUAACCAAAUUUGUCAAAUCAGCGAUGGGAUGA